GAGAAACUGCAGAGAGGAGAAGAGGAAGCAAGGGAGAGGGAGAGAGGGCGGUGCCAACUGAAGGGCAGAGGACAGCAGUGACACAGGACGAGGAGAAGAGCAAUCGCGAAUUUUCGGAAUCUGUCGUGAACAUUGCAUUGCUGGGCGAGGCAGUGAAUUGGCUAUUGUUGAGCAAUCGGACGUCGAUUGAACGAUCAAGGAUCCGAACAUUUUCAAGGAAUAGACGAAGAGGAGGAAUAAGGAGCAGCAGAUUGCGUGAAUUGUAACGUCCUCUCUUGCUCUGCUCUGCCUACGAGCAGACAGUCUUGUGAGAUCGGGUGAGACGUUUGGUAUUUAGGGAGCAUGGUGUUGAUAGUGGACGAGGAAGAUGAUGAAAAGCAGGUGACACCGCCACCGUCGUCGUUGAAAAAGGAGGACGGAGCCAAAGUGAAAGUCGUACAGAGGGAAAAGGACGAUUUGACAGGCAGCAGCGGAGGGCGAGGAGCAGCGGAUGUAGGGCACGAUGAGGACGAGGACGGGUGGGAGACUGCGAGCGAGGGCAGGGAGGAUUAUGAAGAAGCGAGCGAAGGAGGGGAUGACGAAAACAAGAGCGAUUCUGACUCUGAGAUGAAGACCAACGUGGAAGGCGGAAUUGGCAUCGGGGAAUCUGAUCCUGUGCCCUCGACGCCCAAGGGUUCUGGUUGUAAUGAGGUCUUGGAAUUGGGGAACAAGCUCAGCGAAGUGAAUGUCGAAGAAGUGAAUGUCGAAGAGGUUCGGAAACAGGGAUUAGAGGUAGCCAAUGCCGCAAAAGCUGAAGGGAAUGCUCUGUACGGGGAGAAAAAGUUUGUGGAAGCACUACAGGCGUACGAUCGUGGGUUGCGCGCUUCUGAGCUCAAGGACUUUGAAGAAGACCCGUCUGUGAAGGAGAUCCGGGCGAUUCUAUACUCGAACCGGGCUGCUUGUUACAUAGGGCUUGAUAAUAGUGAUUCUGCUGUCAAAGAAUGUUCGAAAGCGUUGGAGUUGAAUCCUGCGUAUAUGAAAGCUUUGGUGAGGCGUGCUCAAGCUCGGGAGAAACUUACAAACUACGAAGAGGCAAUGGCAGAUUGGAAUAAGGUGCUGGAAGUUGAUCCUGGGAAUGCACUAGCUAGAUCGGCCUUGAGAACUUUAGGUCCGCUAGCUGAAGAAAAACGCGAGAAAUUGAAGGCAGAGAUGCUUGGUAAAUUGAAGGAAGCGGGAAACUCUAUUUUAGGACACUUUGGGAUGAGUGUUGACAACUUUAAGACAGUGCAGGAUCCUAAUACAGGCUCCUAUUCCAUACAGUUUCAACGAUAAUUUAUGUAAGUGUUGGUUGAAUUACAUCAUCUUUCCAUUAUGACGACAAAUUAGUUCCUCUAGUUUCAUGGUGUCUAUAUUUCUUAUCUACGUACAUUUUCAGUUGAAAAUGCAGGUGUGCACAUUGAUUGGGUACUGUGUC